GUUCCACUUCAUACCCUUCGAGUCGAACGAUCUCAUACUUCGUCAAACGAUGCAAUUUUUGCACCAGAAUAUCCAUCUCAACAUCCUUUCCAUCAACUCAAUACUACAUCGAAUCGGAUAAUCCAUAAACUACAGCAACAUGAUCACCACCCACAACAGCAAUAAUUGCUCUACACCUCAUAUUGCUAUUCCCACAUUAGACAUCGACAUCCACGUAGACGGACGACGAAAGAUACUCAACACUCAUCUUGUUCUAACAUGUCAUAGCCGUAGAUAUAUCCAAAUCGUCCAACAUAAACCUAGUCAUAGUUUUGUCCUCUCCCG